CGGGGGGCCGAGAGGGGGCGCGCAGCAGGUGCAGCAGCGGGGGGCGGCCGCCCCCGCCCCGCGCUGAGCGUCGACCGCGCCGCCCCCGCCCCCGCCCCCGCCUCUCCCUUCGCCGCCGCCGCCAUGAGCGACUACGAGCGCAUCCGCCUGGUGAUCCUGGGCGGCGCGGGCGUGGGCAAGAGCUGCAUCGUCAAGCGCUUCCUCUUCAACACCUACACCGACAAGUACCGCAGCACCGUGGACAUCCUGGACACGGCGGGCGACAUGCAGUUCCCGGCCAUGCGCCGCCUGAGCAUCGCCACUGCGCACGCCUUCCUGCUGGUGUACGCUAUCACGUCGGCCGCGUCCUUCGCGUGCGUCAAGCGCUGCUUCGAGGAGGUGCGCGAGCAGCGCGCCGACUUCCAGGAGAUCCCCAUCGUGGUGGCCGGCAACAAGCUGGACCUGGCGGCGUCGCACCGCGAGGUGCCGCUCGAGGACGUCUCCGAGGCGAAGGUGAUGGAGUGCUCGGCCAAGGACGACUACAACGUGCGCGACAUCUUCCGCACGUUCGUGACGCUGUCGCGCAUCCUGCCGCCGUCGGCCGAAGACUCGGCCGGCGGGCUGAAGCGGCGCUCCAGCGCCUACGUGAGCGCCAGCAAGGGCGGGCGGCGCGCGGCCAGCCCGGCCGCCACCGCCUCCUCCCGGGCGUCCGCGGGGGCGGACGGGGGCGGCGAGGGGGCGGGCGGGUCGGGGCGGGGGGCCGCGUUUGGGGCUGGAGGUGUCGGCGCGCCAAGCCGCGCUCCCGCUCGCUAUUCGCCGCUCCAGCCGCAAGCCAAGGCAGCAGAUGCGGGAACGCGCACGCGACGACUGCCACGUGCUUCAAGGAAGCGGCCCCCGCCCCCUUGGCCUCCCGACCCGCGCCCCCGGCGGCUUCGCCGACCGCUCCGGCCCCGCACCAGCCCGGCAUCAGCCCCGCACAAGCCCCGCCCCCGUAGCCAGCUACAGGAGAGAGGACAGACGAAUCAGUGUCUUAUGUAG